AUAAAAUUCAUAAUUUGACGAUCGGAAAAAAAACGUCCAAGAUGAAUGUGCAUUUUUUAAUAUAAGAAAAUAGAUAUCAAACUAGAUGAAAUGCUAAAAACAAUUGCGAAUGAAAUAUUGCAUUAACUCAGCGUCGAUUUUUAACGAAUUCCUACAAAAGCGCUUAUCUUAAAGUUCAAUCCACUUAGGAAUUAAGAAAACCAUCAUCCAUAAAUAGAUCACAUUUGAACGGGCAAAGUGGUGGCAAGUCAAGAACGUUAAUUUUUUAUAUUGGUUGGAAAGAUGUAUAGAGUAGCAAAUUCCAGAAGGAAACGUUCAACGUGUCCUACAUUCGAAUACUAUAUUCUCGAAUUAUGUUUGUAUGGGGAUAUCAGAAGUAUAUUUUAGGACGCAUAGUAGUGAGACUAUACGCAAGUAUAGACUUAAUGAAAACGAACUGUAGUAGAAGGGAAAGUUGAGACGAACGAUCCAGGAAGAGUAAUUAAUGCCGGUUAAUCGAGUUAAGGAAGUUGCGAGCGCUUGAAGUUUAGUGAAACACCUUGCGAGCGACCUUGUGUUUCUUCUCGAUUUCCUGAAUCAGAAUCCUUAGCGUUCGAAGAUUUCGUUAUUUAAUUAUAUAAAAUACAAUUAGCAAGGAAACAGCACGACAGUUUGCAUUCGAUCCGCGCCUAAGAUUAAAUUUGUUCGUAAAUCUGCCUAUAAAGUAACAAUAUCGUUCUCAAUCUAUUUGAUUGUAAAAUGUUUCCUUCUUCCUACCGUAUUUUGAUUUUUAUUCGUCUUCUCGUGCAGCCAACUUCUUCCUUUGAAUCACUCGUGCUGAGAAUGCACUCGAAGAGGAUCUUCCUGUUUGCAAACAGCGAAUACUCAUCGUCUUGUUCUUACUUAGUUGCCUAUUUUUCACUAAUCGAUUAAAUGGUUUGAAGAAGCCGAUUUGUAUUAAGACUUCAGUGGAAGAAUUAAGAAGAAAGUAGAGACUCGAUUUAUAUGGAAACUAAUGAUAAAAUGAUGAUAACGGGCGAGUUUUUCGCAAUAGGAUAUCGAUUAUACGUACCACAAUAAUCCAAGGAUCAUAAUAUUUUAUAAACAUUUAAUAUCCAUAGUAGGAUAUAUUAAUUCGAUAACUUUGGAAUUAUCCGUUUCCGAAAUAAUUAUUUUAAUCUUAAAAACUUACAAAAGCUUCGUACUUGGAAUUAAGUUGCUGAUGACAUGGAAAAGAGAUGGUAUGUAAGCAUACAGAAGAAGAAAUGAGAAGUAGUGAUUUUGUUGCAUAAGAUCUUGUGUCGAGAAAAGCAACAAGUUUGUAUCUUCAUUAAGACAUCUUGCAAUACAUACUAUAUUUUUCAAACUUGGCUACAGAUUCUAAUUUUUAACUUGUUUAAUUCAUCUCAUUUUAAUCUGACACGUUAGAAUGGUCGAAGAAGUAGGGGAAGAUACAGAAGAAUUUAUUAAAUCUAAACUACGACACAUCUUUUGCGAUAGAAUGUAGUAUUUGAAAAAAGUGGUGGAGGUUUAAAGAGACGGUUUCGAUGAUUAGCCCUCCGUAAGCAAACUGGGUCGUUGACAACCCAAGCGAGAUUUCACUCUUAAAUUUCUUCGAAAAGAAUUCUUAUUUCUAUUGGGUAAAGUUUCAAAUAUUUGACUUAACGAGCGAUUAUAAUGUAAUAUAACGUAAUAUAUGUAUAGACCUCUUAUAAGCUUUCCAGACUUUAUAAAAGCCUAGAACAAUAAAAAAGAUUAGGCUUACAUAUAAAUGACCCGGUUUGCCAACCCAACCCAAUCUUGCUUCUUCCAACGGAGAAUUAAAUUUAUAUUACACUGACCAUAAAUAAAAUAUUAGGUAUAUUUAAGAAACCAUCGAAUUGAUUUAUACGUUCAAUAUUUAAAGUUUAGUAUAAAAAUAUUAGGAUGCUUGCAUUGAUUUUUUAUUAAAGUAAUAUUCAUGAAAUUGACAUUAGUUUCGAACAAAAUCUAUAUUAUUAUCGUAAGUUGUUUGAUAGAUCCAUAAAGACGAAAUAUAUGUAUGCAUACAUGGCUCGCACACCUUUCCAAGGAAGCAUAUUUAUAGAUCCUGGCACUAAACAAGAAAAAAGAAGGGGUAUCGACCAAUUUAAUCCGUGUGCUUAGAAAACAAGUUGUUAUAAUUAUAUCGUUGAUGUUGUACAAAAAUUUGUGUAAAGGAUUUCGUUUCUUAGAUAAAGAUCGAAUUAGUACUUCGUGUUUCAACGAUAUCUUAGCUUUAAAGUUAUUAGUAAAACAGCAGAAACAAAUGUUGAACUUCGGGCACAAAGGACGACAGUAUGAUAAGAGAUAUCAUGCUUUGUAGAAUCUCUGUGAAUGGGAAGUGAAUUUGACGAUACGGGUAACGGGUGAAUAGUACAAUAAUUACUUAUAAUUAAACGCAUGUUCAUACGACACGUACUACAUGGACCGUCAAAAAAUAAAAUUUUUAUCGAAUACAAAAAAAUACGAAAAAUUAAGGAAUUUAACAUAAAAUAGGAAUAAGUAUUUAAGCUGAUAUUAUGACUACAGCAUUUAUCUUUUUUUUGUGUUACGGUACUAUAAUUAUACAUAUGUUAAUAUUUCAUAAUUAUGCAAUUAGAUGCAAAAAAGAUAAGUAUUUACACAAAUGCCAGAAUAUCAUCUUUUUUUUAAUAUCACAAGUAUAAAUGCAUAUGUAUCUUUAUAUUUACUCUUAUUAUAAAGAAAUUUUUUAAACAUCUAUCAUAAUAAUCGCAGAAAAAAAAAGAUUCAUUAACAAAUGUAACAACCAUUCUCAGUUUAGGCUCACUUAAAUAUGUGAAACAGCGCAGAAGUACCGAAAAGAAACUUUGUAAAAUUUAGAAAAAUAUUUUCUAUAAAAAGCAAAACACUCUUACUAAAAGCUUUCGAUUUUUUGUCAAGAUUCCAUCGAUACUUUUAAUUAUUCUCGUGUUGCUAAAGUAACACAGUCUCAGCAGCUUAGCACUUUAAACAACAGAAUGUAUCGAAAAUCGAUACGACCGAUUGUUUCAGCAAAACAUUAUAACACAGUGUCUCUUAUCUACUAGUUAAAUCUCGCUAUUUAUCAAUAUUGCCAGAAAAAAUAAUCCAAAAGAUAUUUUCAGCGAAGAUUUAGUGACUGGCAGACGGAGCGAUAAACGAAAGAUUCUCUCCGCAGAUCGAACGAUACUCUCAAUUCUCUUAAUGCCAGAGGAACGCUCGGUAUAAUUCAACAAGGGUGCUAGCUGAUAGUCGUAAGUGAUGGACAUUGGUAAUGUGCUGCAUCUGCUUUGCCACGAGGCAGAGGAGUGUUCUCGGCUGUUCGAGCUUUUAUUAAACAGCCUCUUUGUUCUGUGGAAAAGAUACACAAAAGCGAGAAUGAUUGUCUAGUUGAAAAAAAGAAACGGAAAAGAAAGAGAAAAAUUAAAUUCUUCGAAGAAGAUUACACUUCUCCAAAAGCACUUCCCCAUUUAGAAAAAUAAGUAUCGAGAAAGAAAUCCGAAAAAUCUUCGAUGAUGUAAUUUCUACCAGAACAAAGUCAAAGUCGAAGGAAGUAUCACGAGUUGUUAAAUGAACGCGGAAAAGCAUGAACUCGGUAAAUCGAUGGUCGGAUUCGUGUCUUUUCCAUGGUAGACUAAUUUCACUUGGCCCAGAAACUCUGAGUAUAAACGUAUCGUGCGGAUGGGAGGAAAGAAAUCUUUGGAGAAUAGCGAAGAGGGAUACCGAAAGAAAAGUAUAACAUCCCUGUCUCCAAGACCUUGCAAUCUCUUCUCCCCAUUCACCGUUGCUAGUUCUUGCGCCACCCACAUUUCGUGGACUCCACUGACGUCACACAGAAUACAUUGUGGAACCGGCACAGUUACCGUUAAAUGGGGUGAGCCAACACUCCUCUUCAACCCCAUGAAAAGUCUUAUCCGACCAAUGGGUGAACUUCGCACUACUGUGCGUCGACCAAUCGCGAACAGAUCGUCAUUGAGAAGGACACGUACACGGAGGGGACCGAGGUCUUAAGAAGAGCAGAAGACACUGGUACCGGGACACUGUCGCACUGGUGCUUAGAGGGACGAUUCAUUGGACUAACAGCUAUUCCGUCGAGAGAAAUUGUUUAAGUGUUAUCCAAGUUCAACAUUUACAUAGAUUUUUAAAUAGAAAUACUUACUUGCAUCCUUCGAUUGAUUUUCUUAUCGUUUAAACCGAGGAUCAGUAUGAGUGGUUCCGGAAAGGGCCUUCUCGGGGUGUGGCUAUACAGAAGAGGCGAACACUGGGCAAUUAAAGAAGGAAGUCCCAUACAUAAGUCGAGCGAUAUCCCCAUGGUCGAGCGGAAAUCGAACAGCGACAAUAAAAAUUCUGUCGUUUUUUCCUUGAAAAACCAAAUCGGUGGCUUGGCACGAGCUCUGCAAGUUUUUCAGGACCUGGGUGUGAAUGUGAUUCAUAUCGAGUCACGGAAAUCAUUGCGUCGCGGUUCCGAAUUCGAAAUUCUCGUCGAUGUUGAAUGUGAUUCGAAAAGAAUGGAACAGUUGACGAGGAUGUUGAGCCGAGAAGUCGCCGCCAUUAAUUUGGCACAAUACGAGCAAACAGGAAGUAUUCCUCAUGCUCCAUCACUUUCCGCCGCUCCGAGCUUUGAUUUCAGCGAAGUAGAUAUGCUCUGGUUUCCACGAAAAAUAUCGGAUCUAGAUCAAGCUCAAAAUGUGCUCAUGUAUGGAUCCGAAUUAGACGCGGAUCAUCCAGGCUUUAAAGACCCGGUGUAUCGCAAACGUCGUGUGCAAUUCGCAGAUAUCGCAAACAAUUACAGAUAUGGUCAACCAAUUCCUCGCGUUCAAUACACGCCAGAGGAGAUCAGAACUUGGGGAACCGUUUUCCGCGAAUUGCAUCAGCUUUAUCAGAAACAUGCUUGUAAGGAAUAUCUGGAAAAUUGGCCAAAACUGGAGAAAUACUGUGGCUAUAGAGAGGAUAAUAUACCACAAUUGCAAGAUGUAAACGUUUUCUUGAAACGAACAACUGGAUUUCAACUUCGACCCGUAGCAGGCUACCUUACACCAAGAGAUUUUUUGGCCGGUCUUGCUUUUCGAGUAUUUCAUUGUACACAAUACAUUCGACAUUCGUCUGACCCUUUUUAUACGCCUGAACCGGACUGCUGUCACGAAUUGUUAGGGCACAUGCCGCUUCUGGCGAAUCCAAGUUUCGCACAAUUCUCGCAGGAACUUGGACUUGCUUCGCUUGGAGCUUCGGACGAGGACAUCAAUAAAUUGGCAACUCUCUAUUUCUUUACGGUGGAAUUUGGAUUAUGCAAGCAAGAUGGUAUACUUCGAGUUUACGGAGCUGGUUUAUUGUCUUCUGUCGCGGAACUGAAACAUGCUGUUUCCGUUCCCGAGAAGACGUUCCGAUUCGAUCCAGAAGUGACUUGCAAGCAAGAAUGCAUCAUUACCGCGUUUCAAAAUGCGUACUAUUACACGGAUAGCUUUGAAGAAGCAAAAGAAAAAAUGCGAUCAUUUGCGAACCAAAUACAACGACCAUUUGGAUUACGUUAUAAUCCCUACACUCAAUCAGUAGAAGUUCUCACGGACGCUCAAAAAAUCACGGCGGUAGUCAGUGAACUUAGGGGUGACCUCUGUAUCGUCUCAAAUGCCCUAAGAAAGAUACACGAACAGGAUGAUACGGUGGACGUUGAGAGGAUAACCAGCCUUUUAACGCAAGGUAUCGAAUUACCUCAAGAUUCUUCGUCUUCUGACAGCGAUGUUGAUAGAAGUCCUAAUGUCGAGUCGCCUGAGAAACCAAUAAAAAAUCAGAAUAAAAACUAUUCUUCUGACAAUAUUAUUAUUAAUUCAUGAACGUUAUUUCUGUAAACGUAGUCUGCGAAUAGAACUAUCAAAAUUAGAAAUUAUGAUUGUACGUAUAUAAUUAUAGAGUUUAGCAAUAUGUAUAUGAAAUAUGCACAGUUGUCUAUGCUUGUAGAAAACGAUAUUUAAAUUAGAAGAUUACUAAAGUUGCAUUGCGUUGAAUGAAAAUGAAUAAAAAAUUAUGUCAAGUAUA